AUGGCUCUUGUCACGACUGUAUUUCUCUGCCUGAUAGUUUCCCACGUCUGUUCUUGUUUCAAUGGGGAUAGCUUUGAACUGGAGUGUCCUGAUGAAUGUGACUGCCAUUACUUCAGGAUCAACUGGGUCACAGACUGUUCAGAGAGCAACCUCACAGAAGUUCCGUAUAAUGAACUGAGUCUCAGUGUGUAUAUACUUGACCUUAAUGGGAACAACAUCACCACGCUACAGACCUUCCCAAGUGAUAUCAAGAUGAGGAGGCUCCAGAUAGCUAAUAAUAGACUAACCAGAGUAGACAGAGAGGCCUUCAAAGGUCUAGAGUACCUGAUAGAUGUUGAUCUGUCCGGAAAUAAUAUAAGCUACGUCGAUCCAGAAGCAUUUCUCAACUCACACGGACUCCUAAAUGUUGAACUCCAAGGUAAUCCCUUGACGUUCGUGGAAGGUCCGUUCCUCGUGUCCAGUACUCUUCAAUACUUGGACAUCAGCGAUUGCAACCUAUCAACAAUCAAUCCUCAGUUCUUCGACAACAUCACGUCUCUCAACACCCUCGAUCUCUCCAAUAAUCCACUUAAUGUACUUGAAAGCGGGACGUUCGACGUCCUAACGAGCUUGGAAACGCUGAAACUAAAUGACUGUAAGUUGACCAAUAUAUCUGAAAAUGUAUUUUCGGCUUUGGUCAAUCUGAAAAAUUUGGAGAUCGCCGGCAAUUAUCUAUCGAAUAUGAACUGGCCAGAAUUACUCGGAACACUUUCGAGGCUCGAGUAUCUUAAUUUACGAAAAUCAGCUGUAACGUCGCUGUCUGAAGACACAUUUUCCAAUUGCACAAAUCUAGUUACACUUAUACUAGCUGAAAAUGAACUACGGGACUUGGAUGUGGCGGCGAUACUGGGAAACAGCGUUAAUAAUUUAGAAUUAUUGGACUUGUCUAAUUGUAAGAUACGACGUCCGUUAUCAGGAGAAGCUUUUGCUAACGCGACAAGGUUAAAAACUCUCUUUCUAUCUGGAAACCCACUUUUCGCACCAGAUCUAGAAGAAGCGUUGUCUCCGCUACCGAAAAUUGAGAAACUGUUCUUAAGUAACUGCGGUCUUCGCAGUUUGCCGGACAGCUUUAAUGUAUUCGAGAACCUUCUCGAAUUAGACAUUUCUCAUAACCCUCUUGUAAACGUGUUUGCAAAAUUACUAGCGCCCUUGGAGAAAAUAGAAUAUCUUAAUAUGGGCUACAGCAAUCUGUCCUACAUUGGACCAGAGACAUUUGCUCAUAUGACGUCUUUGAAGAAACUAGUUCUAUCUGGAAACGAUCUGCUGUCCUUAGAAGCAGGGUUGUUCGGGAAUUUGACACAGUUAACGACAUUGGAACUAGAGUUUUGCGGUUUGAAACGGCCACUAUACUCCAACGUUUUCUUUAAAAAUCUUACGUACAGCGAUCUACGAGAAAUUAGACUGGGUGGUAACCCGCUUGUCAUACCUCCAACAGGACCUUUGUUCCCAAAAAUUCUAUCACAAGUAGUCGUCCUAGAUUUGAGCAACUGCAAUAUUUCGUCGCUAAAUCCAGACGCUUUCAAAAACACAAUGAACUUAACCGAAUUAAAUCUAUCGGGCAACAAAAUAAAAUCAGAUGAAGGCAGUUUGUCAUUUUUGGAAAUACUUCAACAUCUGGAGAAAAUAAACCUCAGUAACAAUAAUUUAACGACUAUAGACCCACAGUUGUUUGUGAAUAAUCCUAAAUUAUAUUCAAUCAACCUGAUCGGUAAUCCGUUCAGUUGUGAUUGUAAGAUAGCCGAGAUGUGGGACUGGGCGAACAUGAUCAAAGGUAACUUGGAUGUGCUGGUGGGAGCGAAGAGUGCGGAAAAAGAUAUCGUUGUUAAAGGCAACAAGAAAAAGAACAAUCUCUACUGCCGCUACAAUGAAACACAACUGCGCAAUAAGACUUUGAACACAAACAGAACCGUACUAGGCAGGAGGCCGUUCGUCAAACCCAGAGAAUUGACGUACGCCAAUAGAACUUGGGCGAAAUACGUGCGUGAAUCAGGAUGCGAGCCAGUCGUCAAAAUACUGAGACCAGUCGCUCGUCUUGGAAUUUUAUUCGAAGAAAAUAAAACUAUGCAGAUACCUCUAGCAGUUCUCAUAUUAGCGUUAGUAGCUCUAUGUCUAGGUUUUGCCACAGUCGUUAUGACCAUGCGCCUGUUUAAAAGACAGAAGGAGCUAAACGGGAGUCCAGGAAAUAAUAGAAAACGAAGAUAG